AUGCGUAGAAGACCCAGAACUGCAAGAUCUGUUGCACCUGUUACAUUGUUGAUCGGGAUUGGACAGUAUCCACUACGGGGGGAGGCGAUAUCCACGACAGAGGGGAACCAGAUUUGCGAACAAGGACGUUAUAAGCAUGCCAAUGGGAAGGCAAAUGCGGCUCCAGCUCGGGUUGAUCAAGUUUUGUACGUGAGCGGUUCUGUGUGUGUUUGGAAAAGUGCCAGAUCCAAACUUUCUUAUAGGCAUGGUGCUUUUGGUUCAGGUGUAGUAGAAACAACUAUAAUGGAUGCACAAACACCAAUAGUGGAUACACAU